GUCCGCUUUGUGGGGUGAAGCACCAUUUCUCGGCUCACCAUUCCAUGCUCGUUCUCCUCAUCCUGUCUCCCUUUGGUGAACACCUGUAUCCUCCUCUCUCCUUGCCCUCACAGGCCAUCAUCAAUGGACAGCUCAGAUUCGGCCCCCCUGCUGCCACCGGCUCAUGAUCAGCCGGCCGGCAUGUCGUCCUCCUCAUCCACCUCGUCAUUGCUGUCGACGGCGGCGGCGCCGCCCGCCUACCAGCCAGUACCGGCGCCUGCCUUCAGCUCGGCCGGGGGAUCGAAUACGGCUCCCGGCGCCGAUAAAGCCGGCCUUGCCUCUGCCACAAAUGACCCCAACUACCCCCCUCCAAGCUCUACCUCCGGCUAUCCGCCUGCAACCUUCGGGGGCUAUCCUCCCGCCCCGUCUGGCAGCCAUAACCUACCCAGCUAUGGGUCGACUCAGGGCUCCUCAAGCGGAGGACUGCCCUAUCCCCCGGCCGGUGGGUCCCAGUAUCCCCCGGCCGGCGGCCCACAAUACCCCCCGGCCGGCGGCCCACAAUACCCCCCGGCCGGCGGGCCGCAGUAUCCCCCGGCCGGCGGGCCGCAGUAUCCCCCGGCUGGUGGUCCACAAUACCCCCCGGCCGGAGGUCCCGAGCAACCUUCGACGAUUGUCGUAACCGAUCCUGCUAUGUUUGGUGUCGAAUAUUCCACCAAGCUGAACCGUCAUAUUUGGGUGCCCGAGAAGGUCCCUCACUUGAAUCUGUCCUCCUAUCUUCCCUACUUCCAGGAUCCGAUCCCGGUGCCGGCCGCCAUGGGCCCAGUUCGUAGGUAUGCCACUAUCUACAUCACCAUUUCCCUGAUCACUGGGUCAGUUAUUUUGGUCCUUGGACUUAUCCAAGACCCGAUCGGCCUUGAGGCCGUCAUUUUCGGCUCUUGUUCCCUCUUUAUUUGUCUGAUUUUGGCUCUUGUGUUCUUCAUGAAGAAGCGCAAGGCCGAGGCUCUGCUCAGGGAGCAGGUGUCUUUCCAGGCGCAGGCAUUGGAGUUUAUCUCCUCCGGCCGGCCGCCACCGAUCCCCAGGGUGGCGGUGUGCAAGUAUUGCCAGCCGAUGAAGGUGAAUCGCCACUCUUCGAUCGCGAUCUGCAGCAAGCCGCUCCACAUGCUGGUUCCUCCGUAUCUGGCGUGUGUUGACAACCUGGGCCCGAUUUACAACUGCCUUGUGAUGGACCUUCUGCGGAAGCUGUGAUGGGGCUGUCUGGCGACAAGGCCUCCCCACCGAGCCGCUUCAAGUGGAAGUGUCUUUGUGGGGAUGCUUGACCCGAGUCGGCGCCCAAGUCCGCGGCGAGGGGCGUCCCAGGCAAGGGAGAAGGAAAUAGCAUGGUCUCAUUGCUGGAAUGCCAGCCUGGCCUCCCCCCAGGAGACAUGUCCCCUUUUAGCGGGUUCCCCCAAGGCCAUGCCCGUUGGCCACUAUGAAUGAACACCUGUUUUCCUCCUCUUUUUCUUUCCCCUUCAUCGCUUUGCCUCGAUGCAUCAUCCCGUCCGACGACCUGGCCCCGGCCCGGUGUCGGAUCAAAGGCGACCUCCCCCCCCCCCCCCCCCC